CAGCGCUAAGUCAACAUAUAACAGCAAACUUACAACAAUUAUUUAACAUUUUUAAAGCCAUGAAGAAGGGACAGAGCUCGGAGCGGCGGGGGAGAGCGUCGGAGCCAGAGGCAGAGGCACGGCGGGCUCCCCAGGAGGGCCCUUGCGGCGCGGGGCGCUGUGCCUAAGCCGCCCGAGUCGCCUGCGUGGCGGGGAGCACAGCGCAGGCUCUCGCUUGCCAUGAGCCACCUCUUCGAUCCCCGGCUGCCUGCCCUGGCCGCCUCGCCCAUGCUCUAUCUGUACGGCGCUGAGAGACCCGGGCUGCCUCUAGCCUUCGCCCCAGCAGCCGCUCUGGCUGCCUCGGGCCGGGCCGAGACUCCGCAGAAGCCUCCCUACAGCUACAUUGCGCUCAUCGCGAUGGCGAUCCAAGAUGCGCCCGAGCAGAGGGUCACGCUCAACGGCAUCUAUCAGUUCAUCAUGGACCGCUUCCCAUUCUACCACGACAACCGGCAGGGCUGGCAGAACAGCAUCCGCCACAACCUCUCGCUCAACGACUGCUUUGUCAAGGUGCCCCGCGAAAAAGGGCGGCCGGGCAAGGGCAGCUACUGGACGCUGGACCCCCGCUGCCUGGACAUGUUUGAGAACGGCAACUACCGGCGCCGGAAGAGGAAGCCCAAGCCGGCCCCCGGGGCUCCAGAGGCCAAAAGGCCCCGCGCGGAGACUCACGAGCGCGGCGCGGAGGUUCAACCGGAGACGGGGAGCGGGGAAGGGGGCUCCGGCCCAGCGAUCCCCAGCCUGGAGGGCGCGCCCGCCGGCCCCUCGCCUCACCUGGAUGACCCCUCUCCGUCGGCGCCCCUCCACUGGCAGGGGACCGCGUCCCCAGACAAGGACCCCGGUGACGCUGUCCAGGGCGCAGCGGUCGUGGCGGUCGGCCAGUCAGGGCGCACGGGGGACGGCCGGGGGUCCCCCGUGCGCCCCGCCUCCCGAAGCUCUCCGAAGAGCUCCGACAAGUCCAAGAGCUUCAGCAUAGACAGCAUCCUGGCGGGAAGGCAGGGCCAGAAGCCGGCUGCAGGGGACGAGCUCCUGGGGGGCGCCAAGCCGGGGCCCAGCGGCCGUCUGGGCGCCUCGCUCCUGGCCGCCUCCUCCAGCCUCCGUCCGCCUUUCAACGCUUCCCUGAUGCUAGACCCGCACGUCCAGGGCGGCUUUUACCAGCUCGGGAUCCCCUUCCUCUCCUAUUUCCCCUUGCAGCUCGCCGACACGACACUCCACUUCCAGUAAAGCAAACAAUGACGCGGUUCUUCUCCCUGGCCGGGCCUGAGCCUCCCCUGUGCGAAAGGCCUCAGCUCUCAAGGGCCGGGGAUUUAAAAAUGAUCUUUGCCUGGGUCGGCCUGUGGGUUCAGGAAAGUGUUACCAACCAUUGCGCGCAGGUGGGUGCGCUCGCCUGACUUCGAAGCAAACUUUUCCCAGCAACCCGGCGUGGCUACGGAGACUUAAAAGACUCAGUCCCCGCGGGGUCGUGGGCACCGUAGGGACCUCUACCGCAGGAGAUUCCUUGACCUUUGGCCUGCCUAACGGAGUGGUCUUCAGCCGCCCACCACAGGUCCUGUCCGUCCCGGACCUGCGAGGGCCCGAAGAUCACCCAAGGCAGGCCUUAGUAGAGGCUCAAUAUGGUCCUUUCGACCGGGGACCCUGUAUGACUUUAGACUGCUUCGCUGUUGCCAUGUGGCUCAGGUCUUGGUUUUGAGCCCAUCUGUGUGGUGGGUGGACACAGCUGGGUUUGUCCCUGACUUGAAGUUGUGGAAGUGCUCGGGGUGACCCCGGGUUUUCAGGUUUUCUGGGAGGUGCAGGGCCGGGUGAGGAUUUGUUACCAAUGUUCAGGUACAGAAGCUGAUAAACCGCCCAGAGCAGUAACACUUGUAUUUUAAACAGAGAAUUUUUCUCUUAAUUUCUUUCCGGGUAGUAAAAAAAAAAAUCAUGUUUUAUUCUUUGCAUUAAUACUUGACUCUAAGCCUUUGAAAACGCCUGUAUUAACAACUUUGAUUAAGAACGUGCACUCUAUAUAACGUAUUCUUGCAUUAUGAUAGCUCAUUAGCCAAUACACGUGCAGCAAUGUAACCAAGACAGCAGACGUCCUAUCUUUUUGCUUUUGUUUUUAAGGGAUCAAAAUAUUUCAAGGGAUACCAUGAGGAAGGGUGUGAGGGGGAGGGGAUAUGUCUCAGACAGUGUCAGAGUUUUGAUUGCCAUGUUGUUUUUUUUUAAGAUCCAGUCUUGCUUGUUGCUAUAUUUUUCAGAAUCAGAUAAUGAAGGACUACAUUUAUAAAAAGUUAGAUGAAACAGCCAAAAAGCAGAUGCAGAGAGAGAGAAAGAGAGAGAGAGAGAGACAGAGAGAGAGAGAGAUGAAUGUGGGGGACAGAAUAAGGGGACCUGCUGGUGUCCGCUGGAAGGGGCUUCUCUGAGCCCCAGAGGACCUGAGUCUUGAUGGCAGGAAUCUCCCAGACACCCAGUCUCUGUAUCCCUUCUGCUGUACGCUCGUCCCUCCAGCCCUGCCUGGCAGUCCAGGAGGCUGAUGCUAAAUCAACACCUUAAAGAGGUAACUGGCAGUCAGGGGAGGGGAGCAGAGGGCUGCGACAAAAAUCUAAUGAAGCACAUUGAGAUGUUCACAGCCCAGUUCAGCCCGCAACUUUGGGGAGAGGCACCCAGCCUGUACGGCAUCUCUAGCUGGGUCAUCUUUGAGGUCCUGAAAUGCAGUUUUGUGAAAAUUCAAGUAACUUUCAUUUUAUGUCAUGUGAGAAAGACACUCACAGUCACACAUUCUUGGAAGUAGGCUGGGAGGGAGGUCUUUCAGAUAGCCUUUAAAAUGGUUUCCAGAACUUAUCUAAAAACAAUGACAACUUUGAAUCCAGCGGGCCUGUUGGUCAGUGUGUUGAAAGGACAUUGCAGGCAGGCAGAGUCACUGAAUAAUUCAUAGACACAGAGGUGACUUUUGGAAAAUUCAUUCUUAUAGCCAUGCUGAAGCAGGCUUCCACAACUGGGUUCCACCCAGGCCAGUGGGAAGACUCUGGGAAACUGCAGCCUAUCCUUGAUUGGAAGAACUUCCAGGAGAUAUCAUUGCUGAGAUCCAGGUUCACUGUGAUUAACUGAAAAUGUGGUGGAAGGGCUGUCACUGGAUAUUUUGUUUUCCCAAACCCUCAGCCUCUGUGAAUAAAGUUGUUUUUUCAUUAA